AAAAUUUUGCCGAAGGUACGCUUUGGUAGGCCCGAUCAGUUUUCCCGCGUCUUUCCCCGUCCCCAGCAAAAGACGCCAUAGGGAAAUCUGGGAAAUCUGGAAUACUCUCGUGCCUCCCACCUGGAGAUUCGACCACCUUCUCGCCCCAAAUAUACCAAUUCCUCCUCUUCUUCUCUCGUUCCCAUCACCCGCCCUCUCUUGGUCGCACAUCCGGCACAAUGGCGAUCAAGCACAACAACCAGAUCCAGAAAAACCACUUCCGGAAGGAUUGGCAGCGUCGGGUCCGCACUCACUUCGACCAGCCGAGCAAGAAGCUCCGACGCCGUGCCGCGCGCAGUGCUAAGGCUGCCGCCGUCGCCCCCCGACCUGUCGACAAGCUACGGCCCGUCGUCCGAUGCCCGACUAUCAAGUACAACCGCCGUCUUCGCGCCGGCCGCGGUUUCACUCUCGCUGAGCUGAAGGAAGCCGGCAUUCCCCGCCUCGUAGCCCCCACAAUCGGUAUCGCCGUCGAUCACCGCCGGCAGAACCCCAGCGAAGAGUCUCUCGCCGCCAAUGUCGCCCGCCUCAAGGCCUACAAGGCUCGCCUGAUCGUCUUCCCCCGCAAGGGCGCCAAGCACCCCAAGGCCGGCGACACCAAGGACAUCGACCUCGCCAACACCAAGACCGUCUCGAGCCUCGGAUCGGGCCUACCCAUCGUCCCCAGGGUCCAGGCUAUCACCGAGAUCAGCAAGAGCGAUCUGCCAAAGCCGAUCGAGGGCGGCGCGUACACGAGACUUCGCAAGGCCAGGAGCGACGCGAGACUGUUGGGCGUACGGGAAAAGCGGGCCAAGGAGAAGGCGGAGGCGGAGGCCAACAAGAAAUAGACGUAGGGCGAAUCCUGAAGGGGGUCUGCACGGGAGUCCGGACGGCAUUCUUACGGGUUCUGCUUUUGUUCUGAUGUUGGACGGUCAUGGCGGGUUGGCUUGCGGUCCCUGUGUACUAGGAGAGAACUGUGAUAUCCAUUCUCUCGACACACACGCAACGAGGCCGACGCAUUAUUGCAUCUUCCGGUUUGCUCUAGGUCAUUCUCAAUGGGAAAUCAAAAAAGACAUGAAUGAACGAACAUGCCCUCUAAUUGCGCUCCGACGGUGCCGUGUCGUUAUUUCGUACUAAUACGAGGGGGACGGGACGCGUAUUGUUAGGGAGAGAGGAUCGGGUCGUGAAAUCAGAUGCUACGGGAAGGGGCAGGAAGACAAUACUAGGCAUCGUGCCCCAAAUAUUGACAACACUUGUAUCUGUGUCUUUGCUGGG